UUGGUUCUAGCCUGUUUAAAAUAUUAUUCGAUCGAGUUAUCCACUGAACAACAAGGAAGCGACAAUGUUUUCUGAUUUCUCGUUGUAAAUUAAAGUUAUUGACUUACAAGAAACUGGUUUAUUGGAUAUUGGAUGACAGUUACUUGCUGUACUAAAUGUCCAGACCAGACAAAUCUCAGCCUCCAAGAUCUUCUGGUGCUACAGGAAGCUUGAUGAGUCAGACAGGAAGUAGUGACAGCGAGCCCACAGAAACCACGCGCCUCAUGGACACGCACGUCCAGCAUUCUGCGGGAGCAGACAAUCAGGUAGUGAUAUCGCAAACCAACACGGGUACUAACUCGGAGGUCCGUCAGCGCCGGCAGCCACGACCUCGUUCAGAGGAGGCGGUCGAGGAGGAGGAGGAGGAGACUCUUCAGUAUGGCGCCAAGCAUGUGAUAAUGCUGUUUGUGCCCGUGACGCUGUGCAUGGUUGUAGUCGUGGCAACCAUUACCUCGGUAUCAUUCUACACAGAGAAAGGAGCCUAUCUAGUGUACACCCCCUUUCACAGUGCUGAUAAGCCGGGUUCAGAUACUGGGACAAAAGUCUGGGAGUCACUUGCCAAUGCUAUGAUCUUGCUGGGUGUUGUCAUAGGAAUGACUAUCAUUCUGUUGGUCCUCUACAAGUAUAGAUGUUACAAGGUGAUUCAUGGCUGGCUGAUUAUGUCCUCUUUGCUGCUGCUCUUCUUGUUUUCCUACCUCUACCUCACGGCUGUACUCCAGGCCUACAAUGUCCCCAUGGAUUACAUUACGGUCGCCCUCCUCAUGUGGAACUUUGGCGUGCUCGGCAUGAUGUGUAUUCACUGGAAGGGACCGCUACUCCUGCAGCAGGGCUACCUGAUCACGAUCUGCGCGCUGAUGUCCCUUGUCUUCAUCAAGUACCUGCCUGAUUGGACAACAUGGACCGUGCUUGGGGUGAUGUGCAUAUGGGAUUUGGUGGCAGUGCUGUGUCCGAAGGGUCCACUUCGUAUGUUAGUCGAGACAGCUCAAGAGCGCAGGGAACCAAUAUUUCCAGCAUUGAUAUAUUCAUCCACCCUGAUGUGGCAGACAGUGACAGCUGCUGAUGGGGACUCCAAGGAUGGAAAGAAGAAGAAUAGGAAGUCGGGAGCUUCGGAGGAUAGUGACGGCGAAGAAGCAAAAAACACUGACAGCCAGAGUGAGGGUAGCCACAACGGAGAAGAAGACGACGGAGGUUUUGCAGCACCCGAGAGAGUUCCCAGAGUUCGUGACCCCAGCGCUGUCGUCAGGGGGGCAGGGCCAGAAGUCGGAACGAGAUCAACGGGGGACGGUGAGAGGGAGAGGAGACCCAGGGCACAGGCACCAGACAAUGAGGAGGAAGAAGAGAGAGGCAUCAAACUAGGUCUUGGAGACUUUAUAUUCUAUGGAGUGUUGGUGGGGAAGGCCUCAUCAUACGGGGAUUGGAACACCACACUGGCCUGCUUUGUGGCCAUUCUCAUUGGUCUCUGCUUCACCCUACUGCUAUUGGCAAUAUUCAGGAAGGCGCUGCCAGCACUCCCCAUAUCAAUCACAUUUGGACUGGUCUUCAAUUUUACAACCAGUAUACUUGUAAAACCAUUUACGGACAGCCUUGCCAGUGGACAAGUGUACAUUUGAUGCAAACAUUAAUAUAAUGAAGUGCGUUUUAUUGAUAAGUGCAAUUUGAUAAUUUGUCAUGGUUAAAAUAAUUAUUGAAGCUUAUGAGUUACCUUUAAUACGCCCUAUUGAAGGUAAUGCUUGGAGGUUUUCCACAAAUGUUAAACACUUAAUGAAUAGCAAAAAUUGUAAAUGUUCAUUGAAGAAAUGCGGUUUAAAACUUUGAUGUUUGCAUUUCAAUUGUUACACAAUUUUAAGUUUCAGAUUUAAAAAAGAACUAUUUUCUGAGGAUUAUUGACAUUCUGUUAUUGAACAAACAUGAUUUAAAUACUGCACACAUUAGCAAAUAGCCUGUUUUUAAGAAUGCAUUAAAUUCAUAUCAUUCAUAGUAAAAUGAUGAACAGUGUUUAGUUCACAAACAUUAAAAAAUAUAAUGAAUUUAUUAUAAUCUUAUUAUCUACAUAGUUAUUCAUACAAACAGAUUCAACCAUAAUAAUUGUACUGACAUUACUUAUGUGUUGAAGUUUCUUUGAUUUUUUUUGGAUGAAUAAAUUAUUGAAAAUCAAAUAAUUAAUCAUAUAAGAAAAAAUCAGAUUACCCCAUGUGUGGAAUUCAUUGUCUCUAGGUCAUACUUGUUUUUCCCAGUAAUGUGUCUCCAAUAACUGGUUUGUCCAUAUAUGCAGUACUUUGAUAUUGUUUUCAUUGGCAUCAUACAUAUUAUGUUAUUUUUUUAUGUUUUUAGUGUACUGCAAUCGAAUAAUAAAACACAACUAAUAAAAGUAUGCAUUUUUGUAAAAGAAUCACUUGAAGUAAGAAUAUCUAUUCUAAAUGCAAGAAUGCUUUGAUGGUUCAUCCUCUCUUCUUUUUUUGUUUUUAUUCUUAAUUUGUGCUCAUGCCACUAUAUUUGCUAAUUUAAUGAUGUGUAAAUAUGUAUACAACUUUGUUCGUAUCACAAUUGACAAACUGUACUGUUUCAUAUGUGUUGUUGAAGAUGUAAAUUGUGCAAGUCAAAAUAAAUUGUCUGUCUUGUCUGUCUAUAAUGCUUAAUAUUAUUGAACCAAAACACUUCUGGUGUCAUUUUUGUAUUUUGCAUAUGUACAUGUGUACUAGACAUUGUGAAAUAAAAUCUUCAUUUUUA